AUGACUGCUACUGCUUGGAAAAGAUUGAUCAGAUUUGUGGGUGAAGAUGGUAAGAUCUAUCGCGGGGAACCAAUUGUUCCAAAUGAUAGUUAUGAUCUUGGUAAAGCUGCUCUUGCGGGGGAAGAAAUUAAAGCCAAAGUUGUCACUGGUGAUAUAUUUGAUGGUGCUGUUGUCACUGAUGAAGUUAAAAAUGUGAAGACUUUAUUAGGUCCAUUGAGUGAAGAUGAUGUUCCAAUGGUAAAAUGUAUUGGUUUGAAUUAUUCCAAACAUAUUCAUGAAGCAGGCUUAAACCCACCUCCAUUCCCUUCAGUAUUUUAUAAACCAAGAUUCUCAGUUGCUGAUUUCGGUGAACCAAUUCCAAUUCCAAAGAUUGCGCAAGAAGAUCAAGUUGAUUAUGAAGGUGAAUUAUGUGUUGUCAUUGGUAAGACUGGUAAAGAUAUUAAAGAAGAAGAUGCUUUAUCAUAUGUUGCAGGAUAUGUUUCGGGAAAUGAUGUCUCAGCAAGAAAAUGGCAAAUGGAUCCUAAGUUUGCAGGAGGAGUUCCUCAAUGGGUUUUCUCCAAGAGUUUUGAUAAAUAUGCUCCAUUAGGCCCAGCUCUUGUUUCAACAGCUGUUAUUCCAAACCCAGGUACUUUACAAUUGCAAACUCAUAUCAAUGGGAAAUUAAGACAAGACUCAAAUACUGAUGAUUUAUUAUUCAACGUUCCAAAAAUCAUUGCUUUUCUUUCUCAAGGUACCACGUUAGAAAAAGGAACUGUUAUUAUGACUGGUACUCCAAGUGGGGUUGGUUUAGGUUUCAAACCUCCAAAGUACUUACAAAAUGGAGAUAUUGUUGAAGUUUCUAUUGAAAAGAUUGGUACUCUUCACAAUAAGAUGCAUUUUGUUUAA